UUAGAAUAUUGUUAUCAUUUACUGGAGCUGAGUGGAAUAUUAGUUGUUUCGGCGUCGCGAACAAAGUGGGGAAUGCCGAACUUCCCGUAGAUUUUAGAAGUAUUUCUGUAUCAUUCUUUGACGAAGGGAGCUUUUUGGCAGCAACAUGGUGUUUACGGGUUCCGUCAAACUCACGGUGCUGGAGGCAAUAGACUUAAAACCGGCGAUGUUGGCUCAGAGAAGAGUCAAAUCUAUCGAUCCGUACGUAUCCGUUCAUGUGGAUGAUGUUCAUAUAGCGCAGACGUCUUCAAAACCGAAAACUUCGACGCCAAUUUGGAACGAGGAGUUUGAAAGUGAGAUAGAAAAUGGAGAGACAUUAGGAAUUACUGUAUUUCAUAACGCAAUUAUGCCGCCCGAUCCGUUUUUGGCGAAUUCGUCUGUGCCUUUGGAAGAGAUCAUCAAAUCGGGAACCUCUGAUAUCUGGAUUCCACUCGAGCCCGAAGGGAGAGUUCAUCUCUAUAUCGAACUUAAACCGGCCAUGCAAGACAGAGAGAGGAAAGUGUUCAAGGAAAGGGAAGGCGGCAUCAAAGGCCGAAGAGGGGCUGUACGUAGAAGGGUGCAUCAAAUAAGCGGCCACAAAUUCAUGGCAACCUUCCUCAGACAGCCGACUUUUUGUAGCCACUGCAAGGAGUUCAUCUGGGGCGUCAUUAACAAGCAAGGCUAUCAAUGCCAAGUUUGCACAUGUGUCGUUCACAAGAGAUGUCAUUUAGAUAUGGUCUCCCAAUGCUCUAAAGAAAGGCAAGAGUCCCCAGAAGUUUUACCAGAAGAUGACAAGAGUGGACUUGGGCGGCAAAGUUCGAUUUUUCGUCGGUUCAACGUUAAUAUCCCGCAUAGGUUUAAAGUUCACAAUUACAGAAAACCGACAUUCUGUGAUCAUUGUGGUUCUCUAUUGUAUGGUAUUGUGAGACAAGGAAUGCAGUGUGAAGCUUGUAAACUAAAUGUUCACAAGAGAUGUCACAUGCGCGUUGCAAAUAAUUGUGGAGUGGAUCCCAAGAAGAUGGCAAGCUGUCUGAGGGAUUUAGGACUCACUGUAAACAAGCUCUCAGAAUCAAUGAGAGUAAAAAAGUUCUCCUUUAUCCAACAGCCAUCAAUCCAAUAUAAUGGAUCGGACAAGAUGAUACCUUACGAUCGCUCUUCAUCACAAAUGGCACUCAUGGAUGCUCAGGAGAACGACAGCGACAUUGGAUCUUUUGGCUCACUCUCUAUAAAACCUGACGACCUGGAAGCUUCCCCCGGAGCCAGGAGACGACAGAAGAAAAUUGGCCUAUCGGACUUCAAUUUUAUUAAAGUUCUUGGGAAGGGAAGCUUUGGCAAGGUUUUGUUGGCUGAAAAAAAGGGCACGGAUGAAAUUUAUGCCAUUAAGAUCUUGAAGAAGGAAACAGUUCUGCAAGAUGAUGAUGUCGAAUGUACAAUGAUUGAAAGACGAGUUUUAGCGCUAUCUGCAGGUCACCCAUACCUCACAGCCCUUCAUUCCAGUUUCCAAACAGCGGAUCGGUUGUUUCUUGUGAUGGAGUAUGUGAAUGGUGGUGAUUUGAUGUUCCAAAUUCAAAAGGCUAGAAAAUUCAACGAGAAGAGAUCUAGAUUUUACGCUUCAGAGGUUGUACUGGCGCUUCAGUUCCUUCAUAAGAAUGGAGUUAUAUAUAGGGAUUUAAAAUUGGAUAACGUACUACUAGACAGAGAUGGUCACAUCAAGUUGGCUGAUUUUGGAAUGUGUAAGGAACGAAUGAAGCCGGGUGAAUUUACAAACACAUUCUGUGGAACGCCGGAUUACAUUGCUCCAGAGAUUCUUCAGGAAAAACCUUACGGAUUCUCUGUUGAUUGGUGGGCCUUAGGAGUCCUUAUGUACGAGAUGAUGGCAGGACAGCCACCAUUUGAGGCCGACAACGAAGACGACUUGUUUGAGUCCAUUUUAAACGAUGAUGUGCUCUACCCAGUAUGGCUCUCCAGAGAAGCUGUCUCAAUACUGAAAGGGUUUAUGACGAAAAAUUGUUUGAAAAGGCUUGGCUGCACGGCGAGUGGAGAGCAAAGUAUUCUUGAUCAUCCGUUCUUUAGGGAUGUCGAUUGGAUCAGAUUAGAAGCGAGGCAAAUAGAACCUCCAUUUAAACCGGAUAUACGUUCGAGAACAGACGUACGGAACUUCGACACGGAUUUCACAAGAGAAGACCCAAAAUUGACUCCUACUGACAAGAACGUCACCGCCAACAUAAACCAGGAGGAAUUUAAGGACUUCUCGUUCGUCAACCCACUGUUCGUGAGCGACAGACUUGUGUAACAGCUGCAUAACUUUACAUUGUACAUAGAUAAAAACAGCAUGAAAUGAAGAAAAUUUGAAAUUCUAUCGCGAAAUGAAAAAAUUUUUAUCUUUUAAGAACGUGAUCCAACAAGUGUAUUUUUUAGAUUUUAAAUAGCCGUGAUCUGUGCGCGCUGAAGUGGUAAAGUUGCGUGAUCUGUAGCUGUGUAGCAGCCAUUUACUGCGAAGUGGUUUCAGCGAGUUACAGCGCUUUUUCUUGUCACGCAACACCUCUUAGUACUCUAGGCGUGGCGGGCGUGCGUUAGGGGAACCACAUGUAAUGUAUCGUUCAACACAGAAAAUUCCAUAUUUGUUCUAUACGUAAAAAGCUGAAGUUAGACUUCAAUCAUGGUAAAUAACAUUUGAUUUUGUUUUUAAUUGCGAAGUUAUAGCGUAACGUAAUGGUUAGAUUUACGUAGGAUUUUUAUUUUUCAUUCGAGCUUUGCAUUAUCCAGUCAAUUUGUGCAAAGUAAAGUAGAUUUUUAUCGCAACAUUCUUUACAGUUAUUAAUGAACGGUCAAAUCUGUAACGUCAAAGCGCUUGUGCUUGUCCAAGUCGAUCUUCGUUAGGAAGUCGAUAAUAGAAAGUUGAACUCGAAGUAUUCCUAAGCCCGCCAACGUUUUCUGAACCUGUACUUGGUUUUCGUUUCAUGUCCGAUCAAAACACACGUUUCAUUUCGUUGAAAAGGCGGCGAAGUCUUUCCAAUUUGACGUACAAUUAUCAGUUAUUUUGAUUGGUUAAGAAGCUCAGAAACUCAUUAAAGGACGUAAAACAUUUCUUUGUAUCAGUAGAGUCAUUAUGAAAGUAACGGCUGACAAGAUUAUUUUUUCGUGAAUGACUUGUGGACUUAAACAGAUCAUCUUUAAAAGUGUUUUACUCGACGAACGCUUCGAAGAAAAUAACAGGCUUGUUAAAUUGGGCGACGAGGAUCGACUUGUACUUUUUUAUUUUUGCUUGUUGAUGCAUCGAAUCAAUUUUGAGUUAUUUAUUGUGCAUAAUUUCAAAGAAAUACUAUCUUCACGCGAACCAGUUUCAUUACUAUAAAUUAGUUUGCCACCGUAACUUUUUAUUUGUUAAAGUAUUGUUACUGUGGAUAAUCCUUAAUACCCGUGUAAUUUUAGGUAAAGUACUUUGUAUCUGAUCCAAAGGUUGAAUUGUUUUUCGCUAGAAGAAAGAUUUUAAAAUGUACAGAAUUGACUCAUCCCUAGUCCCCAGGUGUCCUCGCCAGCACGGUCAAACCUGGUCCUUAGUAAACUCUGACGUCACCGAAGGAACGCUUCUCUCGUGCGUUUUGGUCACAAGACUCUGCAUGGUUCCGUACGGUAAGCAAAACAGUACGAAACGCUAAAGAACCAGGCCUGAUUCAUGGUUAUGAGUAGACUUAAGUCCAAAGAAAGAGUUAAGUUUUUUUAACUAUUUCGUAUUAUUUGUGAUUAAUCUAAGGCUCUGCUGGAAUGAUUCAGUUUUACCUUCACUUUUUAACAUCAAUUUAUAAAGAAACAGACAGGGACUUAAAAAGAGAACACGAUUUUCAUCCAGAGGAUAGUGUUUCGUUAAAAAUUCAGAUUCAUAGAACUUGCUCUCCAAAAAUUAUAAGGUAACACGAAAAUAGAAUUGACAAUCAGGCCAUAGGAUUGAAAUCUUUAUCGAUGAAACUGAAACUUGAAAAUGUGGAUGAGUCAAAAUGAUAACCGCCAGUUGUAAAGGAUUAAUGCAGAAACGCGCAGAUACAUUGACUUUGUUGAGAGAUGCGUUUCGUCCUGAAUUUGAUCUGAUCUGAAAGGCACUUAAAGUGAAACGGACACUCACCCGCCAUUUUCAUUAUCUUGAGAUAUUUUGCGAGUGUUUUCCAGUGAAUAGUGAGAUUGCGUAGAAUUAAAGGACUCGUGGUAGCCUUGACCCUUUAACUCCUGAGUGACCAAGACAGAAUUUCUCCCUACAAUAUCAAUACAAUAUCAACCAGAUAAGUGACGAGAAUAAAGAAAAAUGUCAAUUUUGGGAUAGUUGAUCCAAUACUAAAUUCUCUGUACUAACAUUAUAAGAAUUGUAUGAUCGACUGUAAGGAGAAUUACAUAUUUGAUCUGGGAGUGAAAGGAUUAAUGAUAUAUUCCCUGUUUUUCGCCAUUUUCGUGGGUUGUUCCAUGUGUUUACAUAUCUUUGCCAUCACUUUUUUAACUGCCUGAUGAACGGAACAAGAAAAAAUUUAGAUUUAAAUUUGCCGUGAGCUGGGCGUCAAAGACUGUUAACUGCUGGGUUGUGGAGUGUAAAAAUUUCUAUCUUCUGCAAGCUUUACAGCUUGCCAAAUUUUUUAAUCAUUUUAAAAAGUCAUUAGUUCUUUUGAAUUUCAUCAACAUUUAUUCCUAGCUCAGUAUGUAAAAUUACUUUAAUAAAAUUAAAAAUUCAAACCACAUCAGCGGCUUGCUUUUUA